AUGCCUCCUAAACGGUCGUCAAAGGUCACUGCUGAGGUCACGCUCCCGGACGACCUCCUAACGGAUCCGAUCACCACGCCGGCUCCUGUUGUGGAUGGGGCUGAGAAGCAAGGCUCAAACGAUGCGGUUACUGUUAAUGCAGUCACGGACAAUGCUGCGCAGUUCGUCAAGGAAUCGGCUACUACUACUGCUGCUGACGUCGCUGGUGGUUCUGGACUAUCAGUGGAAGAGAAGUUUCAAGACAACCAGGCUCCUGUUGCUGUGCUUGACGAGUUCCUGGAGGAUGAUGAGGAUGAAGAGCUGGAGAUCGACAUUGCCAAGGAAGAUGCUUUUCGUCUUCGUUAUACAGCAAUCUUACUCAUUCCGAUGGUGCUUUCUCAGGAGAUUAAGGCCAUUAUUGCUGCAGUGCGUCUUCUGAUGACCAAGGUCUGGAGCUCUUCUCUAACCGAGAACGCUGGGGUGACGGCUAACAUACAGGAGAUGAUACCUGGUUUCGUCGUGAAGACACGAUUCUGCUGGCUUCAAAUCUCCUUCCUCGACGAACGGGAUGCGCAUCACAUCAAGUUUCAUGUUUUUGAGUACCAGAAGGCGAAUGCUCCGGCGAUCAAGUGCAUCUGGCACCAUACAGAGAACGCUUUGUACCUUAAGGAGAAGGCUACUCGUCCCCUUGCUAUUGAAGUGGUGUUCCGGCGAGUGCCUGCUAACAUUGUCCCGGAUGUUUUGAAGGACCUGCUUGCCCGUUUCAAACUGAAGAAGCGUCAGCAGUCGCCUUUCAAGGAAGGGUUUGGUUUCCAUCGGGUGGCUCACCCACUCACCGGAGCUGACACCGAUGUUAUCAAAGGCCUGACUUACCUUUCUCAUCUCUCACUGACGAUCUCUGUUGCGCUCGCAGCUGCUUCUCUGCGCACCUCCGCUCUCGUCACCCCCAUACUGAAAGAUCCAUCCAUCGCUCUUGUCUCGACCGGCAGCAACCGCGAAGAAUGGAUCUGCACGCAAGUGUGCUGCGGGAAGGCGAAAGGGAAAACUUUCUUGGCUGCGGCGGAUCACAUCAUCUCUUCGACUCACCUGCUGAACCAGGAGAAGAUGGGUACUGCCACAAAAGCCUCCAUGGACAAGGCUACUCCUGCCGGCAGGCCUGGAAUUUGGAAAGCGGUAGAGGCUGCCUUGGCGAAAGCGGCUGAGGAUGGAGAUGGUAAUUUCGAGUUACUACUUGGGAGGCUCAAUGCUGGUUUACGUGCGUACAUGAAGGAGGAGAACAAAAGAGUAAAGAAAACAACGGCUCAUCUGGCGGAGGUAGUGGCGGAGCUACAUCAGGAGCAGAUGCGCAACCCGAGCUGUCAAAAGACGAGUGACCUGUUUCACGUCAGGGACGCGCAGCUGAGAGAGUACCAUGCAUCAAAACGGGACAAACUUCACGUGAUGACAGGGACGGAUGCGGAGUUAGCUGGGGAGGUCCCUUCGCCUUUCCUAUCGGCGAGAGUCAAGGUCAGGAAGCAGAAGACACAGAUUGCAGAGCUGAAGGUGGGAGGCGUCAAGAUUUCUGACUCACCCGGGAUUCUGACGGCCGCGACGCAGUAUUUCACGGACCUUUUCGGCACUGACGGUCGGACAUCAACAGAGCGGUGGAAACCGCUUGCUGGGAGAAAGUUGGAUGCAGAGUCGGCGGCUGGGCUCGCAGCAGAUUGGACAGAAGAGGAGGUUAAACAGGCCUUCAAAGCGCUUGCAGACGGCAAAUCACCCGGGAAGGAUGGGCUCCCGAAAGAGCUGUUUGAAAGACACUGGGAUGUCCUCGGCAAGGAGUUCCUCCGCAUGGCGCAAUCCUUCUCGGUUUCAGCAACCAUUCCUGCAAACAUCAAAGAAGCGAUUACUAUUCUGCUCCAUAAAAAGGGAGAGAAGGACAAUCUGGACAACUAUCGUCCGAUCACACUUCUGAACUUCACGUACAAGGUGCUGGCGCGGGUGGUGGCGAACCGGAUGAAGAUGCACCUGCACAAGGUGAUCUCGGCGGAGCAGUACGGCUUUAUUCCCGGCAGGAGAAUCUCGGAGGCCAUCGGUGUGGUUGCUGAUGUUAUUGAGGCGGCGAAAAAGGGGAAUGAAGACUGGUACAUGCUGCUGGUAGAUUUCCGCAAGGCCUUCGACUCGGUGUCUAGAAGCUUCCUUUUCAGCACCCUCAAGGAAAUGGGCUUCCCAGAGAGAUUCGUCGGCUGGGUGGAAGGUCUGCACAAAGACACAAGAACAAGGUUAUUAAUCAACGGUUGGCUGGGGGAAGCAGUGGAUGUUAAGUCGGGGGUGAGACAGGGCUGCCCACUCGCUCCGUACCUGUUUCUCUGCGCGGUGGAACCGCUGGCGCAAGAGGCAGAGCGUCGGAAGAUUGGUCUCUGCAACAAGGCAAACCAAGGGUUAGCGUGUGUCGGUUACGCGGACGACACGACACUUUUUUUGGAUGGGAAAAGACAAAUUGCCAGGGCUGAGAAGCUGUUAGCCUGGUUUGCUGGACUGUCAGGGCUGCAGACGAACAAGGGCAAAUCGGUGAUCCUCCCGAUCGGCCACAACAUUGGGAGGAGACCAGGGACGCUGGGCGGCUUUAAAUGGGCCAAGGCGGACGAAGCGGAGAGAGUCCUGGGAGUCUGGGUCACCCCCUCUGGAAGUAGUGAGCCGACCUGGAAGCGGGCUUUUGAAAAAAUAAUAGUGGAGUUGAUUAAGUGGAAGGCGCUCUUCCUCACGAUUGCGGCGAGGGUUGUGAUUAUCAGCUGCUACAUCACACCGAGAAUAGCAUACCAGGCGCAGGUCUAUCCCCCGUCAGAGGAGAUCUGGAAGAAGCUCGUUAAGCUGAUUCACAAUUUCUUAACGGGGAACAAUGUAUCGGCUGAGAAAGGGAGUGCUUCUCGCCUGCCUUGCCGCGAGAAGGAUUGGCUGCUUGCUGCUGGAGAAGAACCAAAAAAAAAAAAGGAAAUCACGCUCAAGGCGGCGGGAUUACCGCUCAGAGAGGACACGUUCCUGGCUCAUGAACGGUUGCUGAAGCACUGGCCGGGAGAAAACGAGCGCUGGUUACAGACAUGCGAGACUUUCAUGAAAUCCCCGAUGGCGGACACUGGGAAGUCAGACAGCAAAGAGGAGGUGGCGCAAGAAAGGGUGGUUUUUAACCGGAAGCUGCUUCUGAACUGCACGAACCCAGUGGGUGGACAAAAGGAGGCUAAGGGCCUCUGGGGGACGAGGCUGGGUGACCUGGUAACCACGCGUCAGGACGGUACGGUGGAGAUUAAGGACAUGGAUACGCUUGAGCGGGAGCUGCGUAGCAGGGACUCAGCCCGGCUGGCUCUCAAAGCACUUGAUGCAGCCCCGCAGGAAUGGAAGGAAGUGCUCAUCCCGGAUGCCAGUGGAAAGGGGGCUGGAUCUGGGGUGAAAAAAUCGUCUGGGAACAGCGGCGGUGGCGAACAUGCAGCGGCUACAAUUUUUCGUUCGGGGAUUUUCACGAACGGGCAGCUGUCAUCCCUGAAGCAGCUGAGGGAAUCGUGGGCUGUGCCAGACGCGGUCUCCACGAAGUAG